UGAUAAGUCUGCUGUUAUUUUGAUAGUUUUCCUGUUAUAGGUAAUCUGCAUCUUUUCUCUGGCUGCUUUUAAUAUUCUGUUCUUUUGGUGCAUUUCUGGGAUCUUGAUUAUUAUAUGUCUAGGCGUAGAUCUGUUUUGGUUGUAGGUAGCUGGUGUUCUGUAUGCCUCUUUUAUCUGGAUAUCAUUUCUUUUUGCUAUACGUGGGAAAUUUUGCUUUAAUAUAUCUGUGAAUAUUUUUUGUAUUUCAUUUUUGGUUGCUCCUGCUUCCUCACUCACAUUCUUUAUUCUUAGGUUAUGUAUCUUUUUGUCAUCCUCCAGUUUUUGAAUUGCUUCUUUCUGGUUCCUUAUUAUUUUUAAGAGGCUUUUUCUUUCACGAUCAUAUGCCCUAAAUCUCUCUUCAAGUUUCAGAAGGCUGUCUUUAGUUACUGUCAAGGCAUUUUGCCAGUGUUCAAUGGAGUUUUUAGUUUCCUGAUAUUCUCUUUGGAUCUGUUUCAUGUAUUCUAAGUUAUGUUUAAAUUCUUCUUCAGAAGUUUCUCUUUCUUUUCUGAUUUCCUCAGUUCUUCCAUCUGUGUUCUCUUGGGCGGGGCUUGUCAUUUCUUUAAUUAAUCUCUUUAUAUCUUGCCUCACUUGAAUCAGGAGUACACCUUUAUAUUCAUCUAUGAGAUCAUGUAGGUACUUUUUAAUUUUGGCUGAUGCUGUGUCGAGUAAUGGAUGGUUACUGUGCUUGUUCUCUUCAGUGUUUAGUUCUCCUGGGCUUAUUUUCCCCUGUUGGGCAGCUGGAGAUUUUUUUUUUUAAUUUUUAUCUCUUGUCAUGUUUCUGGUUUCUUUCAGACUGUCCUGGGGUUCUCUGGCCCUCUCUGAAUUGCUUAGGGCCUUUCAAAAGCAUGCUGGCUUGAGUUUUUGCUGUCCUCUCCAAUUUACUGUUAUCUGGGGUAGGCUGGGAUGCAGGGGUGGUAUAGGCUAGUCUCUAGCCUCUGUGCCAGUUAAUUCAUAAAUUAGGCUGUACUUUCUGGAUGUCACUGAGUUUUGACUAUUUUGUAUCCGCUUAUUGGGCCCCAAGCAGAGGCUUGGUUUAGCCCCAGUACCUCCUGCCAGUUCUCUUUGUACCAGAAGCAGCUGAGUAAUGUCACUAUGGCACAGGGUUCUGCCCAAAUCCCAGCCGUUCUCUUCCAAACCUCUCUGUGACAGGAGCACCAGAAUAGCAGAUCUGCCCAAAACCAAGAUGUCUCCCACUAAGUUCUCUGUGUGGAGCUGAAGCCAGCACUUAAUCAGGCUCUGCCAGAUUUCAAGAUGUCUUCCACCAGCCCACCCUACAGGGGGACCUGGUGAUGUCACCAAGCUGAAGUUUCUGCUGCCAGGCUAAAAUGUCUGCCGCCAGACUCUGUGUUAUUGAUUUCCCCGUGGUGGCAGGCCAGCUGUUCUCUGGCCAAACCCAGCAGCCGCAGGUUUCCCAGUACUCACCAGAGUCCGGCGCAGGUCCUCAUUCUGGGUCCACCGCACACCAAGCGGCCCACCUUUCCCGCACUCCCAGGCACAGCAUGAAAUGGUGCACAGCGUGCGCUCCCCGCACAGCGUGGAAUGGUCAGAUAUCUACACACCUUUUAGAUUUGAAACUCCAGAGCCUUGUACAUCUCCUCUGGUGCAGCGGUGCAGUCCUGGCUGCUACUGGGAGUCCCGGGUCUCAGUUUCCCGCAGUCACCAACAGCAACACAGCUUUUCCUGCUGGGUCCACAGGUCAGUUUGUUGAUUUAAAGGCGCGGGAUUUGCAGCCUCCCAUUAUCAGCGUUCACGGUCUCAGCACGACUUUAAAUCCUCCAGCUGCACUGUCUUGGUUAAUAAGAAUUGCUAUCGAUUUGUCUGGCCCUCUCCAUGUUGUCAUAUUCUAGCUUCUAGUAUGAAUUCUCCGGAGAGACUCUUCCCUCGAUCCCCUAGCAAGCCGACAUUUUUUCUCACCACAGGCAGUUAUUUUGAACAUAAACAAGAGGCAUUAUGGUGGGCAUUAUUGAUUUCCUUUUAUCUUGUUUUGAGGCCCUGUACCACGUGUAUUAUUUUGUUUUGAUCGACUCUAUUCUGUUUUAUUUCAUUUGGGUUUAUUCCCUUCAAAAUAAAAAAGAAAUCAUUUCAAAUAUAACUGCAUUUGUGCAGCACACAACACUGGCACUACAAACACUUUACUAUCCAAUUAGCAGAUGUGAGGGCUACAAAGAAAAUGAGAACACCCUAGUCUCUUUUCUGUUGCUGUCUGUGGAUGUUACCAUGGAAGAAAUGUUUGUUCUUAUGCCCAUUCCCUCACUAAGAAAACUAGACUACAGCUGUGGGAUGGAAACACAGAAGGAUCAAAGCACCAAGGCUGCAGACAAGUUAGUGUUGACAUCUACUGUAAAUGACAGUUAGCAGUGCGGUGUUCCCUCAUGCUACUACAUCAUGGAACACUGCUUCCUCUUGAGCCAGCCCUUAAUUUCAAUAUUCCAAUACGUGUACCCAGGUCAAUAUUGGACUCAGUUUUCUGGGUCCUUUAAUUUGCUAUAUAUAUACUCUACACUAAAUGUGAUUAAUUACAAAAAAGAAUCACUUCAAGAAACUUUUAUAACAAAAUAACAGAUUCCCUGUUAACAAGAAUAGGGGGACAAAUUUAAUAGGCCAAACUUGCACAGAUGGCACAACAGUUCUGACUUGAGACCCCCUGUGUUGAAGGAGUCACUAGCAGAAACUGCUAGGUGUUGUAGGAGCUGUAAUUUUCUGAGUCGAGUGGGAAACAAGAAUGUUUCUUUCCCACUUAGUCAUCCUCUGAGCUCUCAGCAGAUCUUUCAUCUGUAGCCACUUUCCUAUCUGUGCGCUUGUUUCUCCUUUUCAGUGCUUUACUGUUAGCUACAGCAGGGACAUGGGCUGUUUCUUCUCUCUUUUCCUUUUGGAUUUCUUAGUGUCUCUCUCCUCACUUUUUUUGGAACUACUACAUGCUGAACCCUCUGAUUUGGAAGUGUGACUUUCUGCCCCUAAAAAUAUAACUGGUUUUUGAGAGACUUUUUCCUGGAUUUUUUUCUAGGGCUCAUGUGGUCGCUUCCUUUUCCUGGUACUAGAAGCACUGGUUUCUUCUGAGAACUUGCUUGAGGAAUCUGCUAUUACAUCUGUGGCUACUUUCUUGCUUCUCUUCUGUUUUUAUGCGUGAUCUUUUCUUCUUCUUCUUUUUUUUUUUUUUUUUGCGGUGUAACCACUUUGACUUCUUUUGUUUGUGGGAUGAUUGUAUCUGGGGAGAUGUUUUUUCCCCCAUUGGAAAUAUCCGACUGCUCACUACUGUCUGUUUCAAAUUCUUCAAACUCCUUAUAACCACUGUGAACUCAUUGGCCUGGUAUGAUAGGUUCAUAAUCAUAUGACUUUUUGUGCUAGGAUUUAGCCUUAAGAAAACCCUCUUCCAGUGUUCAGGAAAUUUCAGAUUUUGGCCUCCAAUAUUCUCUCUGACUUUCUUCCUCAAAAUCAUCACUAUGCAUCUGACUUGAACUGCUGGGUAACAUUUUCCUUUUGGUUUCCUGGUAAGUAUCCUUCAUCUGUUUCUAUACUUCUCUUAUUUUUCUGAUUGUUCCUGAAUGAUAUUGUGAGUAUUUGUUUGCUGGGUAACGUUGCUAAGGAGAAUCCUCCCCAGUUGAACCCUAGACAUUUUCAGUCCUAUGCAUGUGUGGAGGGAGGAAACAAUGUUUGAGAAACUGCACUGGACCCAGUCUUAAUUGUUGUUAUGUCUCUGCUCACACAGUCCUAGCACUCUCUCUCAUCCUAUCAGUGAAUAUGCUUAUGGUGUUUAGGUUCAGAUCCUUAUCAGGGCAAAGAGAUUCCUGUGUUCAUUCAAAAUCACCAGUGAGAGGCCUCAUGGUGGUCCUGCUUAGAUAAGGGGCCCAUUGCUACCGAGAGCAGAACAUACUGAGUCCCUUAACUUACAAGGAAGUUCUUCGUGUCACUUUGGAAACUUCGAUGACUACACCAGGAAGGUACAUUGGCUGCAUCCCAGACCAUCCAGUACCAUUAUUCACUACUAUCUGGCAGGUGUUGGCUGUCACUUCAACUUGCCUGGUUUCUCUCAGACACAGCGUUUUCCUCUUCUCUGUUACUCCAGCCUGGGAGCCAAAUCACCUUUGGUGGCUACAAGGCUCAACCUCCCUGUAGUCUCACUUCAUUCUCACAACUGCAGCCAUAGAAAACACAGACUCAUAACCCUGAAGUCCAGGGCUUGUGCUUUUAGAAUGUUGGUGUGCUCCAGUCCUUGAGUGUGUGUCUGAGAAAUCUCUCAGAUCCAGCUCCAGUAAAUGGAGUUUCUAGGAAACCCCAAAGAAAAUCCUGAUGCUGUUCAGAAGAGAUUUCGUGUCCUGAGCAGAGAGAGAGAGAGAGAGAGAGAGAGAGAGAGAGAGAGAGAGAGAGAGAGACAGCGAGAGAGACAGCGAGAGAGACAGAGAGAGAGACAGAGAGAGAGACAGAGAGAGAGAGACAGAGAGAGACAGCGAGAGAGACAGCGAGAGAGACAGAGAGAGAGACAGAGAGAGAGACAGAGAGACAGAGAGAGACAGAGAGAGACAGAAAGAGACAGACAGAGACAGAGAAAGAGAAAGAGAUAUCUGGGGUACCUUGGGUUCCCAUGGCCUGUUGUUACUCAUGUAUGCUGUGAUUUUUACCAGGUAAAUUAUAGUGAUUUGUGUCCUAGUGAAUAUCCAUGCACAUUGGAGGGCUACCACCAAAUUCAGAUUGUCAAUCCUGUAAUGGGGUCAGCUGUUAUUUGCUUGAUGAAGUUUGUCGUUUUUAAGACCUUCAGGAUGUGUCUCCCAGAAAUGGGCAUGAGCACGGUCUGCAGAAGAACCUUGGAGCCACAUUUUGCAAGAUGAGUCUCAGAAGGGGGCCUUAGGACACAUGCUCUUCCAUGAUCUGGAUUCUUUGGAUAUAUGCUCCCAUGUGGAACGUUUUUUCCCCUGGUUCUGAGUGUGACAUCUAUAACUGGGUGAGGUUGGAGUGGUACUGACCUGUUUGUAUCUCCAGGCUCUGAUUGUUGGUCCUACCACAUAUCAGUUGCUACUUUCAUGAGCACCAGUCUUGAUCAAGAAGACCAAUUAUCCUGGUGACAUUACAUUUCCCCUCUUGGUGUUGAUUUUGGGCACCCUGAAACUCGAAACAUUACACAGGGCAUUUUGUCUGCAACACCAGUCACCACCCAUCACAACCUGAGGCUCAGUCCCGCUUCCUGUGUGACUCCCUCCUCCAAAGAUCAGAUUCAAGCAGGGCUCAGCCUCCUUAUAGUAUCUCAAACUUAUCAGAAUUGGGGACCUCAAAGACAAAUGUCAUGCCCCCAUAUGAGUCAAACCCUUAUGACAAAUCCCUGCCUACUUCCUGUGGCUGCAGGAUAAAGAGGCCAAGAUGCUUAAGGAGGAGGAGUGUGGAUUCUUGCCAAUGUAAGUUCCCAUCCCUACUGCACUCCUCUGACACUUUCUGUUCCUUACCUGGCCAGUGAAGCUCCUCCAUGCCUGUCUCUCCACAGAUGUGGAGCCUGCUGUUUGUGAUUUUAAGCCUCAUAGGUGGGUCUGCUCCUAAGCCUCAAGCACCAGCUAUCGAAAGAGAGCUGGUGGGCAUUGUCGGAGGACACAAUGCUCCAAAGGGGAAGUGGCCCUGGCAAGUCAGCCUGCAGGUGUACCACUAUCGCUUGGCUUCCUGGCAACACAUAUGUGGUGGCUCACUCAUCCACCCGCAGUGGGUGCUGACUGCUGCCCACUGCUUUAAAAAUCAAAAUGAGGAUCCAUCAACCUACCGCAUCAUGGCUGGGGAUGUUUACCUCUAUGGAGGCCACAAGCUGUUGAGCGUGAAACAGAUCAUUGUUCACUUGGACUUUGUUGAUGUUACACUGGGUGCUGAUGUAGCACUGGUACAACUGGCCGAACCCGUGCAAAGCUCUGCAGAUGUCAAGCCUAUCAAGCUGACCUCUCUGAAUCAUGAAGUCACCCAGAAUGCUGAGUGUUGGGUGACUGGGUGGGGCCGAACAAGUAAGAACGUUUUGCUGCCACCACCUUACCAUCUGCAGCAGGUGAACGUGCAGGUGAUUGAGACCUCUGACUGUGAGCAGCUGUACCAGAAAACUAAUAGAUAUGGCCACCAUAACAGGAGGAUUAUCCUCGAUGACAUGCUGUGUGCUGGCACUGAGGGACAUGGACCAUGCUUUGGUGACUCCGGUGGCCCACUUGUCUGUAAGGACUCAGAUUCUUGGAUCUUGGUGGGAGUGGUCAGCUGGGGCCAUGACUGUAGCUGGAGUAAUGUUCCUGGCAUCUUUGCUGGCGUUGAGUUCUAUGUGCCCUGGAUCAAGCAGCAUAUUCAGAGUUCCUCCUAAGUCCAGUCUACUGCUCUCCACUGGUCAAAAAGGAGGUGCCUGGUGCCCUGGUACCAGUGGCUGGGCCUGCAGCUUCUCUUACAUGAUGCAGAUUCAACUUUUUCCCUAAACUCCUUGGAGCCCUAGAAUUUCCUGAAUACUCCAGGGUGAGAGCCUGUGCCUGGCUCUUGUGGCCUGUUCCUGAGGGGAUGCUGCAAAGUGUGCAGGGCAAGGGCCCGAAUUCCUGGCACCGGAAUUUGCUAAGCACCCAGCUGUUGGAGGACAACUCAAAUUUUUCUGCUUUCUGCCUAUGCUAAAUAAAGAUACUAUGAAAAAUCA